CAUGCGAUCACUUAGUAGAUUGCUGUGAGCAACCGCGAAUCGAUCGCACCUCGAACUCUCGGACGGAAGGUGUCUCCGAUCGGGUUCAGAUUUUUAUGGAUUAGUUAACGUGUAACCGUCGCCCCGAUAAGCUCGCUGUUCUGAAAAGGUGGUGCGGAUCUUACCGAAGUGCAGUUAAUCGCAAAAGAACAAUUCUCGGAGGUGUUCUUAGCUGUUGUGAUUUAGAGACAAACAAAACAAUAGAUGGAUGUUGUGUGUCCGAAAAUAUAGUGGAAACUAAGUUCAAGUUUGACUAAUUUUGGUUGAUUUUUUGUACAAGGAAUCGUUCGAACAAAGUAACGGUAGGACGGUGGACAGAGUGGGAGAAAAUGAUUUGAUAUUCCUCUCAAAAAACGACGCAGCUUCUCAAUCAGUGAAUCGAAGUGUUUUGUCUUUUCCAGCUAUAUCAACAACACGAUAAACUUUUUUCUUGCCACUCAGCUGACCAGCGUGCGUACAUAGGAAUAAAAGUGAAGUUGUGCACUUUUCUUCGCGGCCAGUGAAGGCAAAAUAAACUGCUAAUAAAAAUAUACACAUAAAGGAAAAACUUGGUUCGAGUCUCGCUGCGCUGCACGAACUGUGUGGAAACAUACAAACGAACGGUUUGGAUGGUUAGCAAAACCAGCUGAGAGUGACCGUUUGUGGACCAAGUUGCUUAGCAGUUCGGCUCUAGUGAAGUUCCACUUUGUCUAGUCUCUAUCGUGACAGAAAAAUAAAAUCAACAUACGCUCUAAGUUGCGAAGAGCCGCGCGGUGGACUCACCUUGCAUACGAGAGUUGUGCGAUCAUCAUUUCCGAGCUACCUUGAGAAAAAUUUCACCGUCUACCCAAUAAACGCCACCCCCGAUGCGGGUUUCUUCCUCACGGAAAGUGUUUUCGCAAACUCGAAUGCACGAUGAAAUAGCAAGAAAAAAAAACAUAAACCAAAACUGGUAAUCUGAAAACUGAAAUUACUCAAUACAAUAGAGCAGUGAAGUUUUGUGCAAGUGGUAGUUGAAUGAGAAGCUCAGGAAGUGGACCGAUUUGAGCUUAAAACUAUACAAGAUUGGACCCCUGAGACCGCUGUCGGUUUUCCUCCCCUUUCAUCGGUCGAGUGGCGAGUUUUAUGUAAUUCUCUUCUAUUUUCGUGCCCUGGUCCGGUGUCGGAGGAAAACGAAAGACGUCUGACCGGACUACGAAUCAUUGCCACCGCCGUCUGAAAUCCGAACCGAAAGGUAAAGUGAUCAAACGGGCAGUGAAAUGUUGGGAAGCGUUCGAUUAGUGAAAUAUUAGAUAAAUAUUUUCCCGCAAGAAACUUACUCACAGCAGGGUAAAAAGUGGCAAAAAUAGAGAAGAAAUAAUAAUUUGAUUUAGUGAAAACGGUAAAGAAGUAUAAUAGAAGAGCAAAAAAACAGAUAACCGAAAGUGACCGUGGUCAAGUAUGGGCAAAACAUCGGUUUGCUCGUGAGCAUAGGGAUAAUAGAACCGAGUGGAUUAUCGAAAGUGAAACGAAAAACCGAAGCGUUUGAAGAAGUUUAUUAGGUGGUGCAGCGAGUUGUUUUUUUUGGUAUGUAAACAGUGGUUUGAUAUUGAUCGGAAGGAAAUUUUUUCGGUUGGUGAAUCUUGGUGAUCCUAUCAAUUGUUCGGUCGAAAAACAGAGCGGAACGCGGAGCCUGCUGUCGGUUGUUUUGGGAGGAAAUAACAUAUCCAUGAUCACAGAUUUUGGAGUUUGAUUGAGAAAUACCCCCACCGCCAAGAUGGCGCGGCUUGGUUUAUACAUAGCGGCGUCAUGGACAAUAUUUUGCACCUACAGCGUUGCCAUGCCAGAUAUCCAUCGACAGAUGUCCGCCGCUCAGUUGCAGGAGGUUUUUCACGUGGAUCACCCGGAUGCAGUGCCGAACUAUGAGCUGAUCAAACUGAUACACCACACCAAUCAACCGGCUUUGCACAAACGUCGCAAACGAUCAAUAGAGACAGACAGCCGGUCUAGAGGAAGUGAUAACGGUCUUCUAUUGCCGGGUGACACGGCACCCCAUCAUGUGAAGAAAGAUUUGAGCAAAGUGAAAUUCAGUGAGAAAGUAAGUGAAAGCCUAGUUCCGGCGAAGAAACGAACGGCGACUACGGUCGCCAGUGACAGUGUGUUGGAGCAGGAACCGAUCCUGCCGGAAAUGCUACCACCACAACAGCAGCCAAACCAAGCGCCGGCGACUGACGGAAGUGAUAGUGAUAGCAAUAAGUUUAGUGAUGUUAGCAUACGAGACAUCAAAGAGCAUAAAGUAUCGUUCAGUGCUUUCGGCGAAGACCUUAAUCUAACACUGGCGAAAACCGAAGGGUUGUUCCAAGACGGGGCACACGCGCUGCGCAUGUGGAAUGUGCGGGUGGAUCCCAACGCGACCCAGGGUCUCGUGUACGAGGAGAUACACGAAGAGGUUCCACCAACAGAAGACUCAUUUGGUAAUAUUUACCAAGAUCAGCAAAAAAGUGCUGCCAUAUUGAUGCGAAAGCAUCUGGAGAGCGGCGAUCUUAUGAUGGAGGGUAGUAUAGGACACCAACUUGUGAUAAAACCAGUGCCAACCGAAAUCUCCCAGGCGGAGGAUGGUAGCGUUCAUCAUGUUAUUUAUAAGCGUACUACGUCAGAGGAGGACCAAUACGAUGAAACUAGUGAUUAUGCAUUCAUGGAGCCGGACCGACUGCAAAAGCGAUUUCGUGCGAAACGAAGUCCCCAGGGGUACUACAAAUCAUCGCGGGCGAUUGAUACUACGAUCUAUCCGGAGAUACUGGUGAUAGUGGACUACGACGGGUACCGGUUACACGGUGGUGAUAACGUCCAGGUCAAGCGCUACUUCGUCUCAUUCUGGAACGGAGUGGAUCUGCGGUAUCGGUUGCUGAAAGGACCGAGAAUUCGUAUCAGCAUCGCCGGGAUCAUCAUCUCGCGGGGUCGUGAUGCCACUCCAUAUCUCGAAAGGAAUCGCGUUGGACGCGAUGCGAUCGAUUCUGCCGCUGCCCUCACCGAUAUGGGCAAGUAUCUGUUCCGAGAGCGAAGACUGCCGGUGUACGACAUUGCGGUUGCCAUCACGAAACUAGAUAUGUGUAGAAGACAGUAUGCAAAUGACGCGUGUAAUCGCGGUACCGCAGGCUUCGCAUACGUUGGAGGUGCCUGCGUCGUGAACAAACGGCUGGAGAAGGUCAACAGCGUUGCCAUCAUCGAGGACACCGGUGGUUUCAGCGGUAUAAUCGUUGCGGCCCAUGAAGUUGGUCAUUUACUUGGUGCCGUGCACGAUGGAUCACCUCCGCCGAGCUACCUCGGAGGUCCCGGUGCGGAAAAGUGCCGCUGGGAGGAUGGCUACAUUAUGUCCGAUCUGCGCCACACCGAACGGGGUUUCCGCUGGUCACCGUGCAGUGUUCAAAGCUUCCAUCAUUUCCUCAAUGGUGACACCGCUAGUUGCCUGCAUAAUCCACCUCACGAAGACGAGGCUUUGGGUCGUUCCCUGCCCGGAACGCUAAUGACACUUGACGCCCAGUGCCGCCGGGAUCGUGGAACUUCGGCCUGCUUCAAGGACGAACGAGUCUGCGCACAGCUGUUCUGCUUUGACUCGGCCAGCGGGUACUGCGUCGCUUACCGACCCGCUGCCGAGGGAUCCUCCUGCGGCGAUGGACAACAUUGUUUGGAUGGUAGAUGUGUAGCCGAACACGAGAACAUUAUUCCCGACUACUCGCAACAUACGCCGUCGUACGCGAGAUUCAACCAGCAACCUGCUAAAUAUAACUACGACGACAAGUCGGAUCAGCAGGAAGAUUAUAGAGAACCAUCUAGUAGCACGUCGUCUACAACCAGCACUACCAGCACCACCACAACGACAACUUCCACCACUACAACAACCACUCCACCACCACCACCACCACCGCCGCCACCACCGACAUCGACGAGGAACUAUUAUCAAUAUUUCAACCACAAAACCACGACAGUGGAUGAUGAGGACCGGCGAUACAAGAAUUUCAUGAAUGCCAUCAAACGAAAACGAUUACAACAUCUUAAGGAGCAGCUGCAGCAACAGGAAAUCGUCAGCAAUCAACAAUAAUCAACACGAUCGCCGCCGAACAACAACGAUGAAAGAGAAGAAACAAAAAAAACACAACACAAACAAUCGAAACUAGGCUUUAAUUUACGUCGUAGACUGACCGAGUCCUAGUUAGCUGAGACUCCAACACUGUAUGAUAGCAUUUUACCAUGAGGCGAACAGAGAUACAAUUUGUUUUUCAACUCCCCAAAAGUGUCCUUAUGAGAAAAAAAAUCACAAGAGGAGUAAGCCAGAACCUGCCGAGUGUCGGCGAGGAUUCAUUCAGCGCAUUCAAGAUCAGACACUGCAUCACACAUUUCCACCCAUUCGAGUAGGGCUAACAAAAGUAAAGAAAAAUUGAACACAAUAAGACAAUUAUAUGUAUGUAUAUGUAGAAGGGAAGAAUCGAGUACUUAGCGAAUAGUGUCGAGAGACGGAAGCAAACCAUACUUUAAAUUAUGAAGCAAAACAUUCAAAACAAUGUGAUAUCGAAUUGUGCAAAUAGGCGAAAGAACUAUAACUUCGAAUGCAAGUGUAAUGUAAUGAGUCUUAAUUAUUAGUUGUACUAGUAUUAAGAAACGUGGCAUAAUUUUUGAUAAAUUAUGUAUAAAUUUCAAGUUAGUGUCUUAAGAGAGCCGUACAACAACUAUGAGUGAACGAAACCAUCAACAGUAUAGCUCGUUCCUGGGGGUGUCCAAAACGAAAUUCCCGGAAUUGACCAACUGCAACCCUAGGUUAAGUGUCGAAAUAAGCUCAAAAUAUAUUUUGGAAAAUUAGACGAAAGAAUAAAAAAAAAUAGGAAAACUAUCAUACCACAACAUAAAACCUAUUUUUAACAAACUGCUACUAUUUAUUACGGAUGAUAUUCAUCAGAUUCAUCGAUCAAUUGAUACGCGUCCAGUUCCGUUGAGGCACAGAAAUCACCAAACAUCACUUGCUUGGAUACUGCUAAACCUAUCGAUACAGUUCAAUAAACAAAAAAUGGCUUUCAUUUGAUACCUUUUUAAACAACAGUAA